AUGGUGCUGGGAGAGACCGUGACGGCCACGGUGCUGCGCCGCAGUCAGGGGAAUCUUGGCCGGGCGGCAUCUGCCUGUAUGCAGGGUGACAGAACCAGCUUCGAGGAUUUCCACGUCCUUGACCAGACGGCCGCUCUUGUGGCCGUCUUUGAUGGCCACUUGGGUGACGAGGCGGCCGCCUUUUGCGCGGAGAGGCUUCCGCUGCAUUUGGCCAAGGCGGAGACUGCCAGCGAGUGGCAGGAAGCCUUCAAGGCCUGCGACGCGGAGCUGCGCGAGCGCCUGCCGCAGACCGAAGCCGGCACCACGGCCACAGUUGUGCGUGUCAAGGAGAGCUCCCAGGACGCUCUCGAGCUCUUAGUGGGAAGUUGUGGAGAUUGUCGCGCUGUCUUAUGGCAGAAGGAAAGCAACACGCUUCUAUCAACAAGAGACCAUCGGCCCAGCGACGCGGACGAGCGUCGGAGAAUCGAAGCCGCUGGUGGGGAAGUCACCAAGGAGGACCCAGACGACCCACCGCGAGUGGAUGGCGUCCUAUCAUGCAGCCGUGCGCUUGGGUCCUUCGAGCUGAAGCAGGAGGCACUUUGGCCGGAGGACCAAAAGGUCUCCUGCUUGCCAGACUUCUAUAAGUGGCACGCCACGCGGGGGGACUGGCUGAUUCUUGCCUGCGACGGGAUCUGGGACGCGGCUUCCAACGAGCAGGUGGUCGACAGGGUCUGCCGCAGAGCCACGAAGGGGAAAGACCUGGGCCAGGUGGUGGAGGCGAUGCUGCAGCUCUGCAGCAGCUCGCUCGACAACUUGACGUUGGUGGCCAUUGAGCUUGGGGCCGUGGAGCCGAAGGAUGAUACGGUCACGAUGAACGCUGGCAACUUUUUGACAGCGAGAAGAGAGGCAGUGCUGGCGCAGUAUAAGUCGUUUGGGCUGCGAUUUGGCUUUAGCCUCGAGAAGAACAUUCCGGAGCAAGGGCCAGCUUCCUUGGCAUUGGUGAAGACUGAACCGAGCCCUCCACACAGAAGGUUUCCGGAGUGGCCUUUGCUGCCAUCGUCGAACACAAGCUUGACGUCAAAGGCAGAUGCUUCGAAGGACCACACGAGUCCUUCGGAAACAUCCACAGAAGUGAUGGAGAACCAAAAGAGCUCGGCUUCCACCCCUCCAACGUGGGAGGUUGACGCGGAGCGGACGAUGGACGAUAUGGAGGAAAGCUUCGAUUUUCGAAGCAUCCUGGCUUGGUUCGGCUGCUGUGGAAUGCGCAAAGCCCAACGCUGGUAG